CCUAGGGGAUAUGGUAACCUAUCAGGGGACUCGUUAUGGAGGCUGUUUCCUGCAAGAAACAGCUUUUGUUCUUUGUAAAAACUAUGAGUUACAUCUGCUAAAAAGAAGAAUGAUAAUAAUAUAAAAUGGGAACAAGUAGGAAGAUUCUAGAAGCCCGCUGUCCAGAUUGAAUUCAAUUGCACUGAACUCGUGAUACGAUAGCACCAUACAAUUACAACAACGCCAUGUCCUUCAUUGCAUCCAUCAAGAGAUUCACCGUCGAUAUCCCACUGACGGUACUGAAUGGAGCGACCGCUAUCGGGGUGAUCACGACCACCACGGCUCUGCUGUUAUAUUGGAGGUCAAUCGAGAAGCACAAGGAGGAAUUCAAAUCAAAGCUCGCCAGGAGUCUUGUCUACCGAGACCCCGAUUCGAAGUCUACGAAAGCAAUUAAGAUCCUUGAGUUGCACCCCGAUUUUGUCAGAGAGCACUCGUCCUCGUGGCAGCUGAAGAGUCUUGGACAGUACCUGAGCACGCUUCGAUUCAUUACCGAGAAGACGGACGACAAGAGCAGAAGCGAUGGUGACAAGAACGAAGCGACGGAAAAAGAGAGCAACUCUAGGCUCGUCCAGGCGCUGGAACGAGAACUCUACGUUCUCAUGGCGGCACUGCUGAUGAAAACUCUAGGAGAAACCAUGGGCGCGGUGUUCUUGCCCGUGAUGGGGUCGGGACAGGCGGAGUCCAUCAUAGGCGCCGUUUCGUCGAAGAUUGUUCAUUACAUCAUGGCGCAGAUUCUAGUGGAUUCCAGGCACACGGAGGACUGGGACCCGACCGAAGACCGGGCGGCGAUGCCAUUGAAUGUGUCCGAAGUCAUCAGGUAAGUGAGUUGGCGUCGGUUGCUUGAUGCUUGACCACGAAACCAAACCACUCGGCAAACUGAAACAACUCGAAACCAUGAAAGCAGCUCAAAUUAUAUUACCAACAACUGCUCAUUGCUUGAACGAUCCAAUCAAUCGAUUAAUCCGUCCAAACAACGAUCUAUCAACCAACCCUCAAAUCUGUUUGACGACGAUAUGGUGUCUACGUAAAGUUUCGUCAACCUGAAUCAGAAAUUGACCGAUGGAAACCAGAUGAGUUUGUCGCCUCUGCAAUGGAUGCAGAAGGGAGAAAUUGGCUACAAUCCUACCUAUGACACACCAAUCACCUCGGGGGACGAGGGAACAGAACAACCACCGGUCCUCGUUCCCAACCCAUUCGUGGUCGAAGAGCAUUUCGAAAAAGCCAUAGCAGGAAUGGAAGAUCGGAUCCGUGGGUCCGGGGCCACCUACGAUCCCAGCGAUCGAUCCCACCCAGAGCCAGUCCCCAUUAACAACACGAUAUUGCCCGACCUGCACAUGGGAUGGGGAGACGCCAAGGUUACCCACACCAAGCGAGAGGUUCUCUGCAACCGACUCUUUGCCGUUUUGUUGACAAAACUCUCCUAUAAUUACGAACUCCGCAAGACCAAGAAAACCGACAACAUCGACGACGACAGCGGGGAGCCGUACUUCGUGGUUCAAAUGGACGGGAAAAACUGCGUCUUCCCCGAUCAGUUCGUCGAAGUGCUGUAUGACACGGGGCACUCGAUCGAGGUCUGCCCCCGGUCCACGAUUACUACUUUUGGCCUCGCCGCCUGCGUCAAGGAAAAGGACGGAAGCUGGACGAAUAUUCCCCUGGCCUUUUUCUUCCGGACGGGAUACGAGAGCAGCCACCGGAGACCGGCCUACUUCCAUCCCCUGCACGGGGGCAUCGAUCUCUCCAUCGAGGGGGCGCUCGUCGGGAACAACAAGGACACCGGCGAGCCUCGAAAAUGCGACAUACAGUUCUACAUGGCCAUCGAGGGCAUGUGCGGCUGGCAAUCGAACCACAACCCCGACGUUCCGUGGAUCGAGCGGGUGUCAACCUGCGACCCUUACACCAGAGAACAGGCACUGGCGGCGGUGCGCAUGUCCGGGAUCAUGGGGUGCACCUUCAACCGGAUCGGGACCGACAUGGACCUCCCCUUUGGCGGCUACGGGGUUCUGGGUGUCUGCAACGACACGGCGGCUCUCAUCGACCGCGCGGUCAGAGGGUCGACCAACAUGUAUCCCCUCCUCUCCACCGGUCGCUACCUGAUGCACAUUACCAGGUUUCUCAUGGCCUUCCACGACACGAUUGCCGGGGCCGACGAGCACGGGGCCGGAGCGGAGGGCGACGGCGAUUGCUGCAAGACGCAUCAGAUUGCUUCCGACACACUCCGCCUCGUCAGCGCGGCCUGCAGCAUGGAGAGCGACAUUCACUGUGCCCCACACGGCAUGGCAGGAGCGGCGAGGAGGUACCGAUCGAACUACCCCAGACCCUUCUUCCAGAUCACCGACGACAGUCAGAGUGUCAUGGACGAGAUCGCGAGGGAGUACGAGGACCUCGAAACCACUGUGCAAACCAAUAUUCCCUAGCACAGCAAACGAGGAUCGAUUCGAUUCGAUCGGAUCGGAUCAUUCUUUCUAUUCCCUCCGUGGCUUUGUCUCCCGCCUGGUCCUGAAACAAUAUCCAACCAUAUUUUAACCGCAACUGUGCACAGCUCGCCCUUCCUUCCCUUCCUUUUAUUGUCCUAGAAGUGAUAAAUAAAUAAUGUACGUGCAG